AUGGGCAAGCGAAAGAGAGCUUCGUGCGGCGUCUCUACCCCUGUACGCUUGACGAAGGACAGAAUUUCAUCCUGCGAGGCUAUCAUUGGAUACUCUUUUAUCAAUAUCGCACUCCUCAUACAGGCACUCAACAUGUCCACUGCUAGUGUAAGAUUUGAAGAUUCUUGGAUCCAUGUCCCAAAGAACGAUCGCCUAGCUGUGUAUGGCAAUUCGGUCGCCGAAUCAUAUCUGUGUCGGAUGUGGAUGAAAAGAGCCCUCACCAAAGGCCAGUGGACAGAAAUUCGCUCCAGCGUGCUGGGUAACAAGAAUUUGACUCGUGUUGGGUUCGAAAAUGGGCUGGAUGACUGCGUCAAGCUGAACGGUGGCACAAUGUCCGUGUCUGCAAACUCUAUGGCUACCACCGUUGAAGCGAUCAUGGGUGCCGUACACCUAGACGGUGGAGAUGCCGCGUUGGCAACAGCUAUGAUGGAGCUUGGACUCACUGAACACGAGUACUUG